ACCGUUCUGCUAAUGCCCAAAUCGUGAGCCGAUUAGCUUACUAAUCCAGCACUUGGCCAGAGAGUGAGAUUUGGGGAGAAAUGCUCACAGACUUUGGGACCAUGUCCUCCCCAGCUUCAAGUUCGAAAAUUUUAAGAAAGAUUUCGAUAGUGGCCAAACAACGACCCUUUCGAAUUGUCAUUUUAGGACAAAACGGCGUGGGAAAAUCAGCUUUGACAGUUCGUUUCAUGACGAGGCGAUUUAUCGGUGAAUACGACCCCUAUUUGGAGAAGGUCUACAGUUGCACCAGAUAUGUGGAGGGAGAGAGCAUGAACUUUGAAAUUCUGGACACUGCCGCUCAGGACGAGAACAGUCGCACGGAGGACAACAUCCGCUGGGCGGACGCAUACAUUCUGCUGUAUUCUAUCGCAGAUAGAUGCAGCUUCAACGAGUGCUCACGUCUCCGUUUUCUCAUCAACUCGUACGCGAAACGCCAUCACCGGAAGUCAACAAGCCUGCCAUUCCCGGAAGUCACGUGUUCAAGCGCGCCUGUGAUAUUAAUAGGCAACCAAGCAGAUCGCUGCCACGAUAGAAUGAUCUCAACGGAAGAAGGGAGGGCAAGAGCUGCUGAGCUCGGAUGUGCGAGAUUUUACGAGAUUUCCGUGCGAGAGAGUGUUGACUGUGUUCAAAAGAUUUUUGAGGACUUAUACACACAUCAAAGGAAGACAAAGAAAUUUCGAUCGUUGUUUUCGCAAAGUACAUCCAACAUAUCGCGUUCUUCUUCCCUCUCCUCUGAUGACGACAUCAACGAAAAUGGCUCCUCCAAAGACACAUUUUCGAAGAGACGUGGUGCCUUACAAACAAUAAGUUGAAUUGUAACAUGAAGGUAACAUUUACAAACGAGUUUGUAAAACAUACCCAUUGUAUCCGAAUAGCGUGUACAUAAAUGGUUAAGUUUGUACAUGCAUCAUUCGUCAAGGUGUUUAAGUUGAAAGCACAUUUCCUUAACAAGUAUGAACAAUUCACUCGGUUGAAAUAAGCUACUACCAUAACUAAGCGGGCAACUGUGCAUCUGAGUGAGUUGUGCUUUACGCCGUUUUAACAGUAUUCCAGUUAUAUCACGGGGUGUCGGCUUCAUGUGAACGGAAAACCCUUAAGUGAUGCAGGUCUCCGACGUUUACCACUUUGGUGAAACCGAAUCAUAGGUUUCUAGCGUGCCGAAGGGACGCAACUCUGCACAGCGAAUUGCGGCGCCUUAGACGACUGGGAAACCCGUGCCCCCUGUCAUAACGGCUUACGGUUUUACUUUGUUAUAGACUAUUUGGCUUUAAAGAAAUGGAAUUUUCCUAUUAUUAACUCAACACACCACAUGUGAAGGUAGUCUCUAUUGUACUAGUCUGUGUGUUGAGGUAAACACGAUCGCUAAUAUUGACACUUCAUUUUCAUUCAAACAGCGUAAAGGUAACGAAGCAUAACAAGAUAUUAGAUUUUGUCCAUUACGUGUCAGAUAAUGUGAAUUUGAAAAGUCGUUAAAAAGGGUUUCAUUUACUUUUAAAAGCAUGCAAGGUUCUUCAAGGAAACGUCUUUUGAGUUCUUGUUCACAACAGGAUCAUGCAGCAUACCAACAGCUUCCGCCUGUGUAUAUCAUCGAUGAAAGUGCAUGAAAAUAUCUUUUUUUCGUGUAAGCUUGUUUUUAACAUUAAGGGUAGUAACGUUGGAUUUAUCCGAUAGAACAAUCAUAUAUUAUGGGCUCGGGUGAAACACAAACACAUUGGUUGAGACCUGACCAAAUACUUUCAUUGUACUAUUACGUGUUAAUUGUAACAUGAGGUGAGGUGAAAGGAAGUUUAAAAUCGUGUUCAAGAUUAUUGCACUUAUAUAGCGACGUACACCACGUGUGUAUGUGUGUCUGCGUGUCAGCUUGUAUGAGUUCGGACUUUUGCCGGUUUAAUAGUGCUUGAGGGAUAUCAUGCGGCAGUUUAGCAGGAAUACCCUGCUCAGUCAGUCCUUGUUUUAUCCUUUAAUGUCGAGGUCCAGAAAGGGUAACAAGAAGUACAUUCCUUUUUCGUCUUUCGGCGGUCAGAGGAUCGACCCGUUCUUCGGGCAAGACACUCUUUCCACCAGACAGUCGUAACAGGUGUCUACGGGUAUCGUCGUGUGAGGUCGGUUUCCAUCUCUGAGUUAUACAUUUAAACAUUUAGAAUUGUGUUCAUCAUACUAACAUAACCACCCAUAACACUAACCAGCACUAACCACCUAAGUUGUUUCGUCUAUAAAGCUAUAUGUACCCAUGCUGCAUGGUAUCUAACGCCCUCGAUUAUCCAGGGUGUAUAGCAUGGCUAAUUAGAAUAAAUGCCCGGGGCGUUAUCGUUACUAUAGAUACUAAAGAUUUGGCGAGGAAGUGAGUGAGUAAAUAUGAUUUUACGCCGCUUUUAGCAAUAUUUCAGCAAUAUCACGGCGGGGGACAACAGAAAUUGUACCCAUGUCGGGAAUCGAACCUGGAUCUUCGGCGCGACGAGCGAACGCUUUAACCACUAGGCUACCCGACCGUCCCGGUGAGGAAGUGACGUCCCUAUCUCUCUAAUUAGUAACCCCCGACAGAUUUCCUCUCCCUCGCGAGUGCAAUUUGAUUGGACGGUUAGUUUUUGGGUCGCGUAUUUCGAACUUGACCCAACACGAAGCUAUGUUGGUGAACAGGUCCAUAGAAUCGGAAUAUAUUAGAUACAAUACCCUGGAUUGGCUAGGAUGGUUAUCUAACGGUGAUGGGCAGACUUGCCCCCAUCCUGUAAAGUUACUGCAAGGGACUUUUUGACAUGUGAAUAAACAGUAAAUGGAACACAUGUGUAAACAAAAGUGUCCGAAAGUUUUAAAACCUUUUUCUAAUUCUUUCUACAGUCGCUUUUCAUCCAUUUCUUACAAAUAAUUUCUGAAAACAUUUGUAAAUAAAACUGUCUGCAUUUUGAAA